AUACUAUGCUUCACUUGUAAACAGAGACCUGUCAAAGAGCACAAACGCCAUCUUGACAGCAACCUCAAAAUGGCAGAAAGAUAUGAGUCAGAAACAGGGUCCAAACUAAGAUUCCGGCGCUCCACUGCUUAAAACCAGGUACUUCAGAUAUUCUAUAAGCAAGUGGGCAUGGAGUUGGUGUGCGGUGCUACAGCACAGAGCCUGUAAAAUGGAUAUAACCGUGGCGGUUUUUAACGCGGCCAGAGAUGGUAAGCUGAAACUUAUCCAGAAGUUGCUGAGCAACAAAACUCCAGAGGAGCUGGAGGCUUUAGCGGAGGAGAAAACCCAGGGCAGCACCGCGCUUCUCAUAGCCUCUCGGUACGGACAUUUAGAGGUCGUAGACUACCUGCUCGAACAUUGUAAAGCUCAUGUAGAACUCGGGGGCUCGGUCAACUUUGACGGCGAGACUAUCGAGGGGGCUCCACCGCUGUGGGCGGCUUCGGCAGCGGGUCACCUCCCCGUGGUGAAGACGCUGCUGAAACACGGCGCCUCGGUAAACAACGCCACGCUAACCAACUCCACCCCGCUCCGAGCCGCUUGCUUCGACGGCCACCUGGAGAUCGUUCGCUACCUGGUGGAGCACAGAGCGGACAUGGAGGUCGCCAACCGCCACGGCCACACCUGCCUCAUGAUCUCCUGCUACAAGGGCCACAAAGAGAUAGCCAAGUUUCUCCUGGACCGUGGGGCUGACGUGAACCGAAAGAGUGUGAAAGGGAACACGGCCCUCCAUGACUGCGCUGAGUCUGGGAGUCUGGACAUCAUGAAGAUGCUGCUGAAGUGCAACGCCCGCAUGGAGAGGGAUGGGUAUGGGAUGACCCCCCUCCUGGCUGCCAGUGUAACGGGUCACACUAACAUUGUGGAGUAUCUGGCCCACCAGCCCCGCACUUCCAGAGAGGAGCGGAUUGAUGCACUGGAGCUACUGGGAGCAACGUUUGUGGACAAAAAACGUGAUCUGUUGGGAGCCAUGAGGUACUGGAGAAGAGCUAUGGAGCUGAGGGAGGCGGGCGACAAAGCUGGAUCGCUGUCCAAGCCUCCGCCUGGUCCUCCCAUCCCUGCCUACGGAUGUGCCCAGGAGGUGAGCACUGCAGAGGAGCUUGAAGCUUUAAUCACAGAUCCUGAUGAAAUGAGGAUGCAGGCCUUGCUGGUUCGUGAGCGCAUCCUCGGGCCAUCCCACCCGGACACAUCUUAUUACAUUCGGUACAGGGGAGCUGUGUACGCUGACUCGGGCAACUUUGAGCGCUGUAUCAGUCUGUGGAAAUAUGCCUUAGACAUGCAGCAGAGCAACUUGGACCCCCUCAGUCCCAUGACGGCCUCCAGUUUCCUCUCCUUCGCAGAGCUCUUUUCUUUUGUUCUUCAGGACAGGGCCAAAGGCACCCUGUCGACUCGCAUCACCUUCCAGGACCUAAUGACUGUGCUGGGGAAAAGCGUGAGGGAAGUCGAAAGAGCUGUGGCACAGAGAGACAACCCCCCAGAAGCCCCUCAGUUCAACAAGGCGCUUUCCAUCAUCCUCCACCUCAUCUUUUUACUGGAAAAGCUCGAGUGCAACCCCGAGCAGGAACACCAAAAGAAGCACACAGUCUACCGGCUGCUCAAGCUCAACCCUCGAGGUCGGAACGGAUUCACGCCGCUCCACAUGGCCGUGGACAAGGAGACCACAUCUGUGGGCCGCUACCCAGUGGGCCGCUUCCCCUCUCAGGCGGUGGCAGCGCUGCUCCUAGAGUGCGGCGCAGAUGUCGACUCGCGGGACUGUGAGAACAACACCCCGCUGCACGUUGCCGCCAACAACGGUUCCCCGGAGAUAAUGGCGCUGCUGGUGAAGGCGGGGGCCCACUUCGACGCAACGAACGCUCAGAGGAAAACGGCUUACGAGCUGUUGGAUGAUCACAGCGGCGGCCACACGGCACUGUACCCGCUGAACUACAUCACCCUUCAGUGCCUGGCAGCUCGUGCGAUUGAAAAGCACAGGCUGCCUUACAGGGGACUGAUCUCUGAGGAGAUGGAGGCUUUCAUUGAGCUCCACUGACUUCCAUGAAGAGACUCCCCUUUAACAAGACAUUCUGUGUUCAUCAUUUUCUCCACUUCUGGCUCUAAUAGCAACGUGUCAGACCAAACCAUAGCAAUAAACCCACAUCCUCUGGGAGUAGUCUCUGCUUCCGAUUCUGGAAUAAAUUUCCUGAUUAAGUCACAAAGACUGUUUUAAACUUUUUGGUUUGUGGCAUUAGAAUGGAAAAAAUGUAAUGACUUUAAACUAAAGACCUCGACUCAAUUUUCUAGUUCCUCUGACUUCACUUGGACUUUUACAUUUAAAUUGUUUGAGAUUUUAAAUCGAAUUAAAUUAAGAUUUCAAAUUUUAAUUUGAUUUGAAUGUGACCCUCUAUUAAAAUGGAGUUUGCUUUAUUAGCUUCUUGCUAUCUUAAACUUUCUGCCCAGAAUCCAAUACAACAUUCAGUUAUGUUGCAUAAAAGGGUCCACAGAGGCACCAUAGAAAAUAAUUCCUCUGGUUAUUUAAUUGGUUUUAAACAAAUUACAAGAUGGUCCAAAAGGUAUGUACUGUCCAACAAACACGUGAUCAAAAAUUAGAUGAAUAGUCAACAACCUGGAACUUCCUUAAACACUUUUAGUUAGCUUAACAGCUGCAAAAUAAUUUUUGCAUGCUUGUCAAAAGGUGUUCUAAUUUUAGGUUUGAAAAAAAACUAAUCUAAAUUUUGUUAAAGCUGCCAUCCUGAUUUGCCAGUCCAAAGUGGUGUAUCAACUUGUUUAACAGGUCAAAUCUCCGUGUUAGGAAAAAUUCCACACUUUGUUAAAUGAAAGUAAACUGAAAAAUAGAACAUAUUUACAUUUUGUAAGCCAAAGCCAAUUUCCAGGUCAUUUUCUAAUCUAGAAAUCAAUUUCUUCCUAUAUUGAUUGUUAAUUCAUCCGGCAUUGUAGGUGAGGAACUUUAGACGGAUGAUUUUUUUUUUUCUUUUUUUUUUUUUUUUUUUUCUAAAAGCAUCCAUUGUUUUUCCGUGUUGACAUCGUUUAUCUUAUUUGGACAAAACAUGGGUGCACACAAUGUCACUUUAGCAAUAGUUUGACAGAAAAUAAACUUUCUUCAAAAGGUUUUGCUGCAAAAUGAGAUGGGUAAGAAACGGUGAAAAAGGCCAGACAUUAUUUAUGUUGUGUGUGUGAAAUGCAAAGGUACCAGAAUUUUUCUUACCAUUUAAUUCUGGCAAACAAAUGCAUUUUGGAAUUACUAAUAUUUUUUGCAAACUAGUAAUAUUUGAUUGAGUCUAAGUUGACAGUUUGAGACUUGACUUAGAACUCCUUUGUCUUGACUUUGAGCUGAACUUUUGACUUGACUUUAUUUCUUGCAACUUGAAUAAAAAGACUUGAGACUUGGUUGUGACUAGCAAAUUGAUGACGUACUCCCACCUCCUCUGUUUUGAAGUUUCUCCAACUAAAAAGGAGCAUCACACCAUGAUCAGGCUUUUGUAAAAAAAAAUAAAUAAAUAAAGGCUUCUGAUUUCUGACAUCCGAUCAAGAUAUUCAGAGAAAAAUCCAUGGAAAUGAAGUGUGGUUAUAUUAGUUCAACUCUUGUUUUGUUCAUUUAUACAUCAACUCAAACUAUCAGGUUUUCCACUUAAUGUCUGUUUAAUAUGGGAAAUGUAUUUAGAUUACUGUGCCAAACAUUCUGUUACUGACUUAUCUGAUUU